AUGGAUAGCCGGUUCAAGGGUUCAAAAUUCGAUACUUUCAGAGAGAAAGGAUUGAUCGUGUGGAGUGUUAUAGAUUGGGAUGUUAAAACAGAAGAGGCAAGUGCUUGGAUGUCUAGCACGAUGGUCAAUAGCAUGAUCAAGCAGGGAGAUUGGAGUUGUGGUUUGUUCAGAAUUGAUACAUGGCAAAGAUGUUGGCAACAACCGCUUAUGAUGAAGGAUGUAAGAAAAGGUGAGGUCUGGAAGGAUGAUAUCACUGCAGUUGCAGAUUAA